GAGGGGGUGCCUGUGUUGUGUAACACCAGGGGAGGGUAUCAUGAAUUUCAGCUGAAGUUCGUGCCCCAUCCAAUAUGGCGUCGCCGCCCCGCCGCGCCUCGUACUAGUCAAGGGUCAGAGGGUGUGUGUGAGCGCCACCAGCAUGGCUCCAAGAUAUCGGGCAUUACACGCGGUGCUCAGGUUGCUUCCCACCGCUCGCACCGUCCGAUCCAGAGGUUUCAGCACCUUGCCGGAGCCGGUGGUCAGGAUGGAGUACCAGGACGCCAUCCGCACGUUGAACACAUUGCAAACCAACGCCAGUUACCUGGAACAUGUCAAAAGACAACGCAGUGAUCCUGUAGAGCAACUAAAGGCUAUGAGGUUAUUUCUGGAGAGGAGCGGUUUGCGGGUGGAAGACUUGGAUCAGUUAAACAUUAUUCACGUAACUGGGACGAAAGGAAAGGGAUCCACGUGUGCUUUCACAGAGCAAAUCCUUCGCAACUGUGGCUUGAAAACUGGAUUUUACAGCUCCCCACAUCUGGUACAGGUGAGAGAGCGAAUUCGGAUUAACGGGCAGCCAAUCAGCAAGGAGCUGUUCAGCAAAUACUUCUGGCAGGUGUACAACCGUCUGGAAGAAACCAAGGAACACGAGGACAGCCCCAUGCCGGCAUAUUUCCGUUUCCUGACCAUCAUGGCUUUCCAUGUAUUCCUACAAGAAAAGGUUGACCUAGCUGUGCUGGAAGUUGGUAUUGGUGGGGCAUUUGACUGCACGAACAUUAUCAGGAAACCUGUUGUGUGCGGUAUCUCUUCUCUUGGAGUUGACCAUACGAGCAUCUUGGGAGACACAAUCGAGAAGAUAGCCUGGCAAAAAGGGGGUAUAUUUAAGCCAGGUGUCCCUGCAUUCACUGUGCCACAGCUGGCUGGACCUCUGGAGGUGCUGAAGAGCAGAGCCCAAGAGAUUGGGUGCCCUCUCUAUAUGUGCCCUGACUUUGCGGAAUACGAAGAUGACAGCCUAUCGAUCCAGCUAGGCCUGGCAGGGGAACACCAGAGAGUAAAUGCCACCCUGGCAUUGCAGUUAUCACACACAUGGCUACAGCGACGGGGAUUUCAAGGCAUUGGUGAGCACAAAAGUCCCAAACAACAGAUUCCUUCUGUAAAGUGGCCUUUUCCAUUAGCGCAAGUGUUUCGCCCCAGUGUUCCAAUGGUUGAAGGAUUACAGAACACAGUUUGGCUGGGACGCAGCCAAACCCUGCAGAGGGGCCCUAUAUCCUAUUAUAUCGAUGGAGCGCACACCAACAGUAGUGUGAAAGCCUGCGUCAGAUGGUUCCACCAGGUGGCGCUCAAUGAAGAGAGAGCUGGAGUGGGUGCUGUUAUCAGAGUACUGGUGUUUAACGCUACAGGGGAAAGAGAUACGGCUGCUCUAAUGAAGCUUCUACAGCCCUGCCAUUUUGAUUACGCCUUGUUCUGCCCUAAUAUCAGUGAAGUGUCUGGUGUGGACAUUGCAGAUCAGCAAAAUUACAACGUGACUUUAGAGAAUAUCUUAACUCGAUGCCUGGAGAAUCAGAAGAAGUGGAACCGGCUGAUGGAAGAGCGUAGUUGCUCGGAUCAUUGGGGUUCUUCGCUGCCUGUAGAUGCCUUGAUUAAGGAAAGCCCCCGUGGGGCUCCUCUGCUCUUUAGACCUUCCUCUGAGCGCCUCCUGAACUGCAACUCACUGGUGUUUCCUUGCAUCUCUCACGCCUUGCAGUGGGCCACCCAGGGGAGAGAUCCAGACUUACCAUGCCCAGAUAUCAACCUCCUCCACCAUUACCCGGUGGCAAGCUCUGGGUCAGUGCUACUGAGAGAAGCUGCCCGUGUACAGAUUCUUAUUACAGGGAGUCUGCACCUUGUGGGAGGAGCCCUAAAGGUGCUCGACCAAUCAUUGUCCCAGUAACUGAGAGCGUACAGCUGACAGUACUAAUGGUAAUCCUCAAUACUUGUUUUUUUUUACUUGAAAUGCAAGACUUUUGCCACCUUGGGCUUGUCUUAAAUUUAAUUGCUUGUCUGCCAGAGAAUCUUACAACACAUUUUUAGUUUCUUGCUUUCUUUUUGUUUUUUCUUUGGACAUGAUGUGGUGU